UAUCAAUACUCUGAAUGUGAGUCGCGGUAAUCGAAAUGAUGAAUCAAAAAAUAAUGAUAUGCAACGUUUACUGCAGACUGAUGAUGUAAGGACCAGCCUCAUGCGCCUUUGCGAAACAGUUAGCAAGUUACCCACAAAAGAAGAUUACGAGUUGCUGCGAAAGCGAGUGAACAUUAUGCCUCCAAAGCCGUGUUCAUUUCCACUUCGAUCAAUACAAGAUGUAAUCGAUUUUAAUAACAUCUCGGAAGAGGAAUACGAGAUUGCUGUCGAAUAUUUGAAAUUCUUAGGAGGUUUCAGUGUAUAUGAUGCCGUGAGAUUUUGCAUGAAGGAAGCAAUAUCGGACGAAACCAUUCAACUUUAUUCUGUAUGGGGAGAGCGUGGGAAUCUUCCAUUAUUCGAUACCAGAUUGAUUAAAGUAAUAUAUGAUGCAGUGGCGUUAAACCCAAACUUUGCUGCCCCAACACAAGAAUAUAUUUUUUCGAGAAGUAGGAGAAGCGGUGAGAACGAGCAAGUCGCGGCUCCGAAUUGCAACUACGAGACGCGGGAACGCAUCACAAAUGGGGCAUCGUAAAAAGCAACGAGCGAAGGCACAACAAAAAUCUGCUUCGAAAUCAGAAUAAAGAACUCGCUGCACAGAAAGAUGUGAAUGACGAUGAAAACAACGAUGAGAUUGACAAUGAAAAUGACGAUAAGAAUGGCGAUGAAAAUGAUGAGAAUGACAAUCAAAAUGAUGAUGAGUACGCAACUAUUGACGAAGAAAAUUAAAUUAAAAAAAAGAAAAAAUGGGCACCGAAUAUGUACUGUCGCGUAUUUUAAAGUAUUAUUAUAUAUUUAAUUAUAUACAAAGAUUAAACAAUAAAA